AUGUUGGUCCCAUCUCGACAAGAAUUGCCACGGCCCGAAGAGCGUGGCGAUCUUGCCGAACUUGAAGAGAAGGCCGAGCAAUUCAGAAGGCGCCAACAAGUGAAGUCUGCUAUGACGGCUUUCACUGAGGCGCCUGAAUCGCACCACCACCGCCAACUCGAACUCGCUGCCAAGGCCUACGACAGACGGAAACUGGGACGGGAUGCUUUUCUCGUCCUCAAGUCUACCAUGGCGCAGAGGCGGCAGCAAAGCGAGAAGGCGGAGGCCUAUAACCGCCGACAACUUCUGAAGUAUCCAUUCGACCGGAUGGUUCAGAGGACGGCACAAGGGCUUGUCAAACAGGUCCAGGGAGAUGUGAAAGGGCGGCGGAUCGAGGCUUGGGUAGACGACGUCGCACGUUCGACAGGUCACUACCCAGUGAAGCCGUCCGCAGCUCUAACUCAGCCUCCACUCGACGAUCCAGCGAAGCUCGAGGAAUUCGGCAGAAUGAUCUCGAACGACAUGGAAGAGUGGAGCGCCAAGUUAAAUUACUACAAGACUCACCGCGUACCGGGAGGCACGAUUGUGCGGACAAGAGCGGAAUUGGAAGCCGUUCUCGAAGUACAAAACGUGAAGGCACACGCCUUGCGCAACCCGCCACAGCCCAAGCAUAUCGAGUUUGGGCUGGCAAUCGAGGAGACAAUGCAGAGCAUUCACGAAAGAGUCAGAGGCCUUGCUAGCCGGGCUUGGGAUGCAGUUUCUGCGACAAUUUCUGGUCUUUGGCGAUAA